UUAUCUAUUUUGUGGAUGAUAAGAUGCGCUCGGCGUAUACUCAAUUCAAGUGGAAGUUGCACGAUCACUACCAAAAAUGUGGCACACCUGUUCAGGGACGAGCCACACUUCCUCCACCUGAUCUAUGGGGUGAGAGAUCGACAGAGGAGUGGCAUUGGCUAUGUGAUAAACUCUACACCGAUCCAAAAUAUAUUGAUAAAUGCGAGAAGAAUUCAACUAGCCGAAAGAGACAAAGGAGUACGCAUCGUGGCGGAGCUAUGCCUUUCAUUCAACAUGCUUUGAGGACAGCCAAGGAGGGCAAUCCUUUGUCUUUCAUAGACAAUUGGGCAGCUAUGUAUCAAGAUUCAAAUAGCAAUUGGGUUAGUGAUGCUGCACGUGAUAAAUAUGAUCGACUGAAAAAUAAGAGAGAAGAGCAUAAGGAGAAACUAACCCUGGAGGCACCAGAGGGUACUCCACCAGAAUCUGUACAAGUUACUGCGCGUGAUGCGAUUCCAAUCAUGGCUGAAGAGUGUGGAAGGAAGGGAAAAAGAGUUCGUGGUUUAGGGUCGUUUCCUCGCAUGGAGCUUCCAACUGUUACGUCUUCAACAGCUGUGAGUUCUGAGAUGAACGUAAUGCAAGAUAAAGUGAAGAAGCUUGAAUCAACUGUGGACACUAUGCGGUCACAAAAUGCACAGCUAAUGACAAUGUUGAAGAAGUUCUUGAUGAAUAAUAGCCAAGGCUGCUUUGCUGAUACAGAAAACAUUGACAUGCAUAUCGUAGUACCCAACAGUGAAGAAGAUGAUGUCUUUGGAAGAGAUGAAGACGGUGUCCAAAACAAUGGAGAUAAUUCUGAAACAGAGGAUUUGGAGGAAGAUUUGUGAUUCAUAAAGUCAUUUUUAGUAAUUUUUGGAUUAGGAUUUAGCUAGUCUAGCUUGGCAAACAAUUUUUCUUUUUAUUAGCUAUUAUUAUUUUUGGGUAGAAUUUUGUAAACUCUAUUUGAUUUAUGAUUUAAUAA